GCCGGGUAGGUUUAAUGGUGCCUUUACGAGGAACGCUGGAUGACUUUGUGUCAGUAAUUCACAGGGUGGUUAGCUGUCUGGUCCAUUAAUUUUGGCAGGUGCCAAUUUUGCUGAACCAUGGAGGCUCUCAUCCCCGUUAUAAACAAGCUUCAGGACGUCUUCAAUACAGUGGGGGCUGAUAUUAUCCAACUGCCACAGAUUGCCGUAGUUGGAACACAGAGCAGUGGGAAGAGCUCGGUGCUGGAGAGCCUUGUGGGGAGAGACAUACUGCCGCGGGGAACCGGCAUCGUCACGCGUCGCCCCCUCAUCCUGCAGCUGGUGCACGUGGACCCUGAGGACCACAAGAAGGCCAGCGACGAGAACGACCCCAACUCAUGGAAAAAUGGGCGCCUUAACAAAGGCCUGGAAGGAGAAGAAUGGGGCAAGUUUCUUCACACCAAAAACAAGAUCUACACAGACUUUAACGAAAUCAGGCAAGAAAUUGAAAAUGAAACCGAAAGAAUAUCUGGUCAUAACAAGGGUAUCAGCGAUGAGCCCAUUCACCUUAAAAUCUUCUCUCCUCAUGUGGUGAACCUCACUCUGGUGGAUCUUCCAGGCAUCACAAAGGUGCCUGUGGGAGAUCAGCCCAAAGACAUCGAGCUCCAGAUCAGGGAGCUGAUCUUGAAACACAUCAGCAACCCCAACUGCAUCAUCCUGGCCGUCACAGCCGCCAACACGGACAUGGCCACCUCCGAGGCGCUGAAGGUGGCCCGGGAAGUGGACCCUGACGGCCGCAGAACCCUGGCAGUGGUGACUAAGCUGGACCUGAUGGACGCAGGCACAGAUGCCAUGGACGUGCUGAUGGGCAGAGUCAUCCCUGUGAAACUGGGCCUGAUUGGGGUGGUGAACAGGAGUCAGCUGGACAUUAACAAUAAGAAGAGCGUGGCAGAUGCCAUCCGGGACGAGUACGCCUUCCUGCAGAAGAAGUACCCCUCUCUGGCUAACCGAAACGGAACCAAAUACCUGGCCAGGACUCUGAACAGGCUGCUAAUGCACCACAUCCGGGAUUGCUUACCGGAGCUGAAGACGCGCAUCAACGUGCUGGCGGCGCAGUACCAGUCCCUUCUGAGCAGCUACGGCGAGCCCGUGGAGGACAAGAGCGCCACCCUGCUGCAGCUCAUCACCAAGUUCGCCGCCGAGUACUGCAACACCAUCGAGGGCACCGCCAAGUACAUCGAGACGGCCGAGCUGUGCGGAGGCGCCCGAAUCUGCUACAUCUUCCAUGAGACGUUCGGGCGCACGCUGGAAUCCGUGGAUCCACUGGGCGGCCUCACCACCAUAGAUGUGCUGACCGCAAUCCGGAACGCCACGGGCCCCCGUCCCGCCCUCUUCGUGCCAGAGGUGUCCUUUGAGCUGCUGGUGAAGAGGCAGGUGAAGCGGCUGGAGGAGCCCAGCCUGCGCUGUGUGGAGCUGGUGCACGAGGAGAUGCAGAGGAUCAUUCAGCACUGCAGCAACUACAGCACACAGGAGCUGCUCAGAUUCCCCAAGCUGCAUGAUGCCAUUGUGGAGGUCGUGACCUCCCUCCUCAGGAAAAGACUGCCAGUUACCAACGAGAUGGUGCACAACCUGGUGGCGAUCGAACUGGCUUACAUCAACACCAAGCACCCUGACUUCGCCGAUGCCUGUGGCCUCAUGAACAACAAUAUAGAGGAGCAGAGGCGUAACAGAAUGAGGGAGCUGCCCUCUGCAGUGCCCCGCGAUAAGUCUUUAAAGGGUCCUGGCGGGCCGGCUCCGCCCCCUGGCGAGGGCCCCGCCCCCGCGGAGGGGGAGGGCGCGAAGGCUGCUGGAGGCGGGACUCAGGGUGACCAGGAGGCCGGGACGGGGAGCUGGAGGGGUAUGCUGAAGAAGGAGGAGGGGCAGCCUGAGGACAAGAGCAAGCUCCAGGCCUCUCUCCCUGCCAGCCCCCAGAAGGGCCACGCCGUCAACCUGCUGGAUGUGCCUGUUCCAGUUGCCAGGAAGCUCUCUGCUCGGGAGCAGCGGGAUUGUGAGGUCAUUGAGAGGCUCAUCAAAUCCUACUUCCUCAUCGUACGAAAAAACAUCCAGGACAGUGUGCCCAAAGCUGUGAUGCACUUCCUGGUGAACCAUGUGAAGGACAGCCUGCAGAGUGAGCUGGUGGGGCAGCUCUAUAAGUCCGGGCUGCUGGACGACCUGCUGACGGAGUCUGAGGACAUGGCUCAGCGGCGCAAAGAAGCCGCCGACAUGCUGAAGGCCUUGCAGAAAGCCAGUCAGGUGAUUGCUGAGAUCAGAGAGACCCACCUGUGGUGAAACCCCGCCCCGAGUCAAUGCAAGAUGUGCAAGACCGCCAACUUGAAAAUGCACUGUGGUAAAUGGUUGUGUAAUGAAUAUAAUUUUAUUUACUGUACAGAUGCAAAGGCUAUUGCAUAUCACCGCUGACCUGUG